CUCAAGAAGUCGGUCGUUCUGAAGUUGCUUCAAUUUCGUUGGUGCAUGAUUCGCAAUUCGCACCCUCGUUUUAGCAACACUUGCCCCUACCGGCAACCAUCCGACCAACCGAUCAUCUAUCCAAGGAAGCCAACAGCAAGGAACUUAGGCCGAUACCAAGCCACAGAGAUCCUUAUCUCGUGCUCGAUUUGACAUUCGUCAAUAAAUACCUGAUGCUCCUUGAUCAUUUCAUCAGUUUGAUCCUGGAGCUUGCUCAGUGCAGUUGAGGAACAUAUUUUGUUCCAGUCAUUUGAUCUUGGAUUCCAGCCAAGCCAUAAUCAAGCAAUGAUAAGCUCCAAAUGCUUAGCCUUUGGUCUCAUCCUCUUGUUGACAGCGCCUUUCAACGAGGCUUUCUUCAACAAGGGUGGUGGAGGCCGUCGUCGUCCCCGAAUCCAUUGCACCACUCAUUAUGAGACCUCGUACGUGACCACCUACGAGACCAUCUACAAACCCGAAUGUUCCACCACCUAUGAAAACGAGUGCUCCACUACUUACAAGACCGAAUAUGAGACCACUUACGAGCAACAAUGCAGUACCUCGUACUCUAACGAAUGCAACACGGUUUAUGAGACCUCUUAUAAAUCGCAGUGCGACACCAAGUACGUUCAAGAAUGUUCUCCCACCACCAGCACCGUUUACGAGCAGCAAUGCGUAACCGGCUCCAAGACGGUGUGUGCCCAAUCUGGCGGUGGUGGUGGUGGAUUCGGUGGAGGCGGUGGAGGUGGAUCAGGUUAUGAUGCUCCUUACUACCAAUCAAGCUAUGGUGCGCCACAAAAGCCCGUGUGCCACUCUGAGCCUACAAAAUCAUGUAAACAAGUCCCCAAGCAAGUACACAAGCAAUCUUGCUCCAGCGUGCCCAAGCAGGACUGCCGCCAGGUGCCCGUUCAGGUGCCCAAGCAAUCUUGCAAGCAAGUGCCCAAGCAGAAUUGUCAACAGGUUCCCAAACAGGUCCCCAAGCAAGUGCCCGUUCAAUCUUGCCAUGAGGUGCCCAGAGAGUCUUGUCAUGACGUGGCUGUUCAGGUGCCCAAACAAGUGCCCACUCAGACCCCCCGUCAAAUCUGCAGCGGCUAUGGCGGUGGCAGCGGAGGUGGUGGUAAAGGCGGUUUCGGAGGAGGCAAAGGAGGAUUUGGCGGAGGCAAGGGAGGAUUUGGCGGAGGCAAGGGAGGAGGCGGCGGUCACGGCGGAGGCUAUGGUGGAGGACACAGAGGACAUGGAGGUGGUGGUGGAGGAUAUGGCCACAGCAGUGGAGGGUAUGGUCCUCCUUCUUACGGAUAUGGGAUGCUGGCAUGCUCCAAUCGUUUGGCCUUAGGGGUCUUCAUUCUCUAUUUGGUCCCUCACAAUCAAGCCCUCUUCAAUAAGGGUGGUGGAGGCCUUGGUGGUCCUCGUAUCCAUUGUACUACUCACUAUGAAACCUCGUAUGUUACUACUUACGAGACAAUCUACAAACCUCAAUGUUCUACUACUUACGAAGAUAAAUGCUCCACCACUUAUGAGACCCAGUAUGAAACCAAGUAUGAGCAACAAUGCAGUAUUUCAUACUCAAAAGAAUGUAACACGGUCUAUGAUACCACCUACAAAUCAGAGUGCGAGACCAAGUACAUCCAAAAGUGUACACCUACAACCAGCACCGUCUAUGAAGAGCAAUGUUUGACCAGCUCCCAAACCGUGUGUGACCAAUCAGGUGGAGGUGGAUCAGGUUAUGAUGCUCCUUACUCAUAUGAAUCCAGCUAUGGUGCCCCUCAAAAGCCCGUGUGCCGAUCAGUCCCCACUCAAUCCUGUAAACAGGUCCCCAAGCAAGUUCACCAACAAUCCUGUUCCAAUGUUCCACAAAAGAACUGCCACCAGGUGCCCGUUCAGGUGCCCAAACAAUCUUGCAACCAGGUGCCCAAGCAGAAUUGUCAACAAGUUCCCAAACAGGUCCCAAGACAGGUGCCCAGGCAAUCAUGUCAUAAGGUGCCCAGACAGUCUUGUCAUGACGUGGCUGUUCAGGUGCCCAAACAAGUGCCCACCCAGACCCCUCGACGAAUCUGCAGCGGCUAUGGAGGUGGUAGCGGUGGGGGUGGUAAAGGUGGUUUCGGAGGAGGCAAGGGAGGAUUUGGAGGAGGUGGAGGACAUGGUGGGGGUGGGUAUGGCCCCCCUCCUUAUGGUUACGGCCACCAUUGAAGGGCAUGCCAAUGAGUCAAUCUAUUUAUUACAUGUCAUAUCGUGGCAUUCCCCAUUGCACACACCUAGUCAUGGGAAUAUGGGUUUGACAUAAUUUAUGAAAACACUUGGUCUUUUGUACUCAAUAAGUAACAUAUACUCGCAAUAAAGAACCGUUUUUAUACUCAAUGACAUGUUUUCUCCUAACUGUUACUCCUGUGGCCUGUUUUUUUAAGCUCCAACCUUGGCGUUAGGGGCUUGGACGUAUGAAAAUAUCCGGUGGGGUC